UGGAAUAUUAAGCGAAGAAAAAAUUUAUUCAAGACUUUCCUACGAUUUUAAUUAUUUUUACACAUAAAAAAAAGUUAAUUUUUAUAUUAUAUAUAUCGUUUAAAGUUUUAGAUUUCAAGAAAAACUCCAGAAUUUAGAAUUUUAUAUUUUUCCACUUAAAUUCACACCAUAAACACGAUGCAAACAUAGAUUUAACGAGACGUUCUAUACCAAAAAAUUCGAAAUUUUAAUAGAUUAUUAAUUAAUUUAAUUUAAAAACUUAUAUUUAGUCGAAAAUAAUAAUAUAUAAUUGAAUUUUUUUUAGAGGUUUCGAGACCAUUGUCCACUAUUGUUCGUCCUUUUUGGAACUCAUUCCACUUUCGUUCAUGUUGGGUUUUUAUGUAUCAUUCACAGCUACAAGAUGGUGGAACCAAUACGUGGCCAUACCUUGGCCCGAUAAGUUGAUGAAUAUCAUCGCUAUGUACGUACCAGGAGUAGACGAAACGAGUCGAAUGGUAAGAAGAACAUUGAUGCGCUACCUCAAUUUAUCAUUAGUGCUCGUUCUUAGGUCCAUUAGCAUGGCUGUUAAACGUCGAUUUCCAACUCGAGAUCAUUUAGUGGAAGCUGGAUUUUUGACCAAGACUGAAUUGGAUAUGUUCGAAUCGGUCCCCAGUACGGAAUUCAACACAUUCUGGAUUCCGUGUACUUGGUUCAUCACUCUACUAAGAGAUGCCAAAAAGGAUUGCAGAAUAACGGACUCCAACGGCGUCAAGUUAAUCAUGGAAGAAUUAAAUGAAUUUAGAUCGAAAUGUGGAUUAUUAUGGGGUUACGACUGGAUCAGUGUGCCACUCGUUUAUACGCAGGUUGUUACAAUUGCAACAUACGCAUUUUAUUUUGCUUGUAUUUUGGGUCGACAAUAUGUGAACAGUCCCGAAAAAAUUCUUCAAGAAAAAGUCCCUUUUGACUGUUACUUUCCAGUCUUCACAGUUUUAGAAAUUUUAUUCUACAUGGGACUUUUGAAGGUAGCCGAACAACUUAUCAAUCCAUUUGGAGAUGAUGAUGAAGAUUUUGAACUGAAUUGGAUAAUUGAUCGUCAUAUGAAAGUUUCGUAUCUGGGAGUGGAUACAUUGAACAGUGAACCUCCUCCGUUGGUUAAAGAUUCUUAUUAUGAUGAAUUGGACGUGAAGUUGCCCUAUACAGAAGCUUCUUUAAGUUACAAGAAGAAAACUUAUCGGGGCUCUGUGGCUUACAUGCAAGUGCCGAUGGAACAACAAGGAUUAGUUUUACCAGAUAUACGCGAAGAGGAGGAGAAUCGUGAGCAACAAGGUAUGGGAAGCAGAAGACCAUCAAUUUGGACAAUUUUUGGCAGCAAAUUAAACAACAGCCAGCGACCCAGCAUAACUGGAAGUUAUGCCGAAGCCGAUAUCAUUGCAGAUUACGCUUGGAGACAUUCCACGUCCAGUUUCAACGCUUCUUCCGAAAAUGUCGCCCAAUCCAAUGGUGAUCGCAAGAAUUCUUCAGGUACCGGGGGAACUCGCGAUGGAGAUUUAUAUCAAGAAUCGUCCAGUCAAGACUUACCGGAAUCGAUGAUGAAGUACAAAGAUGCAAAAUCGGGAGGUUAUCAGAAAUCGAGUGAAAGCGAAAAGCCACCAAGAUCUCAGCAAGCGAAAAGAAAUGGAAAAUCUUAUAAAUCGCUGUUUAAAAAAAACAAGCAACCCUCCGUAGAUCAAUACUACGAAGUUUGCCGCAAAUGGAAGAUGAGAUCUGUUUCUCCGUGCAAGACCAUUAAAGAAAGUCACGAGCUACAAUCGGAUCCUCAACAUCCGCAUCCUUCCGUUCAAAUAACGGUAUCUUCGCCACCAUCCAACGGUGAAGAAUCUGUAAAACUAGCGGGAGGAAGACCCGUCCCUCUUCGAUCUUCUUCGCUAAAUAUUGCGGAUCUUUGGAGUAGUAAAAAGCCUAAGUUAUCGGAUAGGCGUCAGGCUUAUAAAGAAAAGAAAUCUCAAAGUAGUUCGUCAGCGUGCUCGCAAGAUACGGUCACUACCGAGUUCCAUAGUAUGCCAAACGUACAAGAAGGAGAAACGGAAAUUCCUGUAGAGAAACCUUGUACGCCGGUGAAAGAACCUAGACGAUCUUUCUCUGGUCAGUCAAGUAGGGAUCAUAAGAUACUUCGACAGAAUGCCAUUAGAAGGCCUUCCACAGAGAAACAAGAAUCUAGUUCUAGCGAAGAUUAUAGAUUACCACCCGAGAUCCUUCCUCGGAACCUACAAUCUUCGUUUCCGGAGGAAGAAGCCACGGAUCCCGCGGGUGGGUACGAAAGCACAGAGAAAAGAGAAAGUAAACCAAGUAGAAUAGAAGGGCCUCCCGAAUGCCCUUCUAGAAAAUCGCCGGCGAGAAGAAGUAGACCCGGCUCGAGAGAACAGAAAAAGGUGGAGAAGAGGAGUCGAGAGCCGGUAAGACAAAGAUCCUCCGAAUCUCCUACACCGCGCACUACAGAAACUAGUGUUUCGGAAGGUAGUAAAUCAUCGACAGCAUCAAUUCCUACUACUUCCAACGUCGUAUCACUUACGAUCGAUAAACCGGACACUGUAAUUUCAGUGGAAGACAGACAAGAGUUCGUAUGACGAAAAUCUCACAAUAUUUACGAUUAAAAAGAAUUAACUCGGGGUCGAGUGACUUCGUAGCGGUCUAACCCCGGAAGUUUGAUGGUAAUAAAGGAAACGGGUGAGUAUCGAGCGUAGCCAUUCCCUAAGCGAGCCAACAGACGGAGAUUUAGGGAGAUGGCAUAUAGAAGAAUCGUUAAAGGAAUGUUUCAAAGGCAGUCAACGACGGAAAGACGUUGCCAAAUGUUCACUUUUCCCCCUUCCUGUGAUAUAUGCGCCAUUCGUUGGUCAACGGGUUGUUUUUCUUUCUGUUAAGAAGGAUGACGUUCCGACAGAAUUUUCCUACCUUCUUUUUUUUCAACGGAGAAAGUAUUUAUACACAUAGUUGUCGAUAUUGUAUAUUUGAAUAAAUGAAUUUACUGAAAAAA